CAUUGGCAGAAAAGCUUAAAGGGUAAGGCAAAAAGAAAUAGUGAAUGCAUGGCUCCUAAACGUGAGAAGAUGGUGAUAAGAUCCACGAAGAAAGUAGUGGAAUCAAGUGUGGAAGUUUCGGUUGUAGGAAGCACCAGCACCAAAAGAAAAACCCGUGGAAACAAAGAUAAUAUUCACACAACAGAUGAAGAAGUUGUGAGUGGCCAAGAGCAUGUGAAGGUCAUUCCCAUUCCCAUUCAAGAAGUGGCUUCUCAUGCACAAAAGGAUUCCCCUAUAUCUGCCAUCACCACUGAAAACAAAGGUGAUCAAGAGAAUACCACUAAUCAAGAUUAUGGUGAAGGAGUGCAAACUCAAAAGGAAGAGAAUGAGGAAGUGAAGAAGGCAAAAAAGAGGGGGAGAAAGAAAAGAGGGAGGAAAAGAAGUGAAGAAGGGUACCAAAGGUAUGUGUAUAAGGUGUUGAAGCAAGUCCACCCUGAAAUGGGGAUUUCUUCAAAGUGCAUGACUAUUGUGAACAACUUGAUGAAUGACAUGUUUGAGAGGCUGGCUUUUGAGGCUUCUAGGCUUAAGGAUUACACAGGGCACGUGACACUGUCUUCAAGGGAGAUUCAAGGAGCAGUGAAGCUGGUUUUGCCAGGAGAGCUUGGGAAGCAUGCCAUUGCUGAAGGGGUCAAAGCUAUCAACACCUACACUACCUAUCAUGCAUAGCAUCUAAUUAGAUAUUAGAUCAUAUGAAUGUAUAUAUAUGUACUUAGUUGUUGUAUGGUUAAUUAGUUGAUGUGUACUGUGUUUAAUUACUAGAGAUGUGUUGUUUUGGCUUUUGCAUUUUGGAGAAGCAGCAACAAAUGGAAUAUUGUUGCCUGUUUUAUGUAUGGUUGCUUCAUAGGGUUAGAGUUGUAGAUUACUAAUUGUUUCCUUGUGACCUGUGUCUAUGUGUAAUGCAAGUAGUUAGUUACUUCCAUUAUCA